CUCUGAAACCAUCCCCCCACCCCUGGAAAAAUUGUCUUCCAGGAAACCAGUCUCUGGUGCCAAAAAGUUUCGGGACCGCUGCUCUAAGGGAUUGUUAAUGGAGGGUGUUUCAAAUAUCACAUAUCAAAUAGAAGCCUUUGAAGUGAAUAUGUUGCAGAAGGCUGGGUGGGUUACUGGACUGACUCAAAAUAUUUUUUUAAUGCUUUGUGAAUCUGUCUUAAAGGAAAAGGAAAACAGUUGGGAACUUUAAUCUUUUGAAAAUGCUGGCAGGUAAUUAACCAGAACAGGAUCGAAACACGUGUCCUCUAUAGCCUUUGAAUGGAUCCUUUCCGACCAUCGUUCAGGGGCCAGCCUCCUGUCCACCCAUCCCAGUACCAGCCUGUACGGAUGCCAGGCUGUUUGCCACAAGCUUCUAAACCUUUGGACCCAGCUCUGGGCAGGGGAGCACCUGCAGGCAGAGGCCAUGUGUUUGGAAAGCCAGAGGAACCAAGCACACAGAGGGGGCCAGCACAGAGGGAGUCUGUGGGUUUGGUCUCCAUGUUCCGAGGCCUGGGCAUUGAAACAGUUUCCAAAACCCCUCAGAAACGGGAAUUGCCUUCAACAGGUAGAGGCAUUUUAGGUCGAGGCUUGUCUGCUAAUCUGGUACGAAAAGACAAGGAGGAACUCUGUCCCACUUUUUGGGAUCCAAAAGUGUUGGCAGCUGGGGACAGCAAUAUGGCAGAGGCCUCUGUUGGUUGGAAUAGGAUGCUUGGGAGAGGGAGUUCAGAUGCUUCUUUGUUACCACUAGGAAGAGCAGCAGGUGGUAUUGGCAGAGGAAUGGACAAACCCCCCUGUGCCUUCAGCGCACCUUCCCGGGAUUCACCGCAGCUGUCAUCACCACCAGCUCUGCCCCAGUCCCCUCUGUACUCUCCAGAUCACCCUCUGGUCCUGACUGUGGAACACAAGGAAAAAGAGCUUAUUGUGAAGCAAGGAUCAAAAGGAACACCUCAGUCUUUGGGACUGAACCUCAUCAAAAUACAAUGUCAUAAUGAAGCAGUUUAUCAAUAUCAUGUGACUUUCAGCCCCAAUGUGGAAUGCAAAAGCAUGAGGUUCAGCAUGUUGAAGGACCAUCAAGCUGUCACCGGCAACGUUACUGCGUUUGAUGGAUCUAUUCUCUAUCUGCCUGUUAAGCUUCAACAAGUUCUUGAGUUAAAAAGUCACAGGAGAACAGAUGGUGCUGAAAUCAGCAUUAAGAUUCAGAUGACAAAGAUCCUGGAGCCCUCCUCUGACCUGUGCAUUCCCUUCUACAACGUUGUUUUCCGUCGGGUAAUGAAACUUUUAGAUAUGAAGCUUGUGGGGAGAAACUUUUAUGACCCUACAAGUGCUGUGGUACUCCAGCAACACAGAUUGCAGAUCUGGCCAGGCUAUGCAGCUAGCAUCCGAAGGACAGACGGAGGGCUCUUCCUGCUGGCUGAUGUCUCUCAUAAGGUCAUCCGGAAUGACUCUGUGCUGGAUGUCAUGCAUGCCAUUUAUCAGCAGAAUAAAGAACACUUCCAGGAUGAGUGUACUAAGCUUCUGGUUGGCAAUAUUAUCAUCACCCGAUAUAACAAUCGUACCUAUCGUAUUGAUGAUGUGGAUUGGAAUAAGACUCCAAAGGAUAGCUUCACGAUGUCUGAUGGGAAGGAGAUCACAUUCUUGGAAUACUACAGCAAAAACUAUGGGAUCACAGUUAAAGAAGAGGACCAGCCCCUACUGAUCCACAGGCCCAGUGAGAGACAGAAUAACCAUGGGAUGCUGCUAAAAGGGGAAAUCCUGCUGCUACCCGAGCUUUCUUUUAUGACCGGAAUCCCAGAGAAGAUGAAGAAGGACUUCAGAGCCAUGAAGGAUUUGACCCAGCAAAUCAAUCUGAGCCCCAAGCAACACCAUAGUGCUUUGGAAUGCUUACUACAGAGAAUUGCAAAGAAUGAAACAGCCAGCAAUGAACUGAUGCGUUGGGGGCUCUGUCUGCAAAAUGAUGUACAUAAGAUUGAAGGACGUCUCCUACCAAUGGAAAGAAUUAACUUAAAAAAUACUUCGUUUAUCACAUCUCAGGAACUAAACUGGGUUAAGGAAGUAACCAGAGAUCCUUCCAUCUUGACUAUCCCCAUGCAUUUCUGGGCACUUUUUUACCCAAAGAGAGCAAUGGAUCAGGCCCGAGAACUGGUCAACAUGUUGGAGAAGAUUGCUGGCCCCAUUGGCAUGCGGAUGAGCCCACCAGCCUGGGUUGAACUAAAGGACGACCGAAUAGAGACCUAUGUCAGAACCAUUCAAUCCAUGUUAGGAGCUGAGGGGAAGAUACAGAUGGUUGUUUGCAUCAUCAUGGGCACACGUGAUGAUCUCUAUGGGGCCAUCAAGAAGCUCUGCUGUGUGCAGUCUCCAGUGCCCUCCCAGAUUAUCAAUGUUCGAACCAUUGGUCAGCCCACUAGGCUUCGGAGUGUGGCCCAGAAAAUUUUACUUCAGAUUAACUGUAAAUUGGGUGGUGAGCUCUGGGGAGUGGAUAUUCCUCUGAAACAGUUAAUGGUGAUCGGGAUGGAUGUUUACCAUGACCCCAGCAGAGGCAUGCGCUCCGUGGUUGGCUUCGUGGCAAGCAUCAAUCUCACCCUCACAAAAUGGUACUCCCGGGUGGUGUUCCAGAUGCCGCAUCAGGAGAUUGUGGACAGCCUGAAGCUGUGCCUCGUGGGCUCCUUAAAAAAGUUUUAUGAGGUGAACCACUGCCUACCAGAGAAGAUUGUGGUGUACCGUGAUGGAGUGUCUGAUGGCCAGCUGAAGACAGUUGCCAACUAUGAGAUUCCUCAACUACAGAAGUGUUUUGAAGCUUUUGAGAAUUAUCAGCCCAAGAUGGUGGUGUUUGUAGUGCAGAAGAAAAUCAGUACUAAUCUGUAUCUGGCUACUCCUCAGCACUUUGUGACUCCCACCCCUGGAACUGUGGUCGAUCAUACAAUAACAAGCUGUGAGUGGGUGGAUUUCUACCUUCUUGCCCAUCACGUACGGCAGGGCUGUGGCAUUCCUACACAUUAUGUCUGUGUUCUGAACACCGCAAACCUGAGCCCUGAUCAUAUGCAGAGGCUGACUUUCAAACUGUGCCACAUGUACUGGAAUUGGCCUGGCACCAUCAGAGUUCCAGCUCCUUGCAAGUAUGCCCACAAGCUAGCUUUCCUGUCUGGACAGAUCUUGCAUCAUGAACCAGCCAUCCAGCUGUGCGAGAACCUGUUCUUCCUGUGACUGCACAGCCUGGAGAUGGGCUGGGGAGGAGAAAGGCAGCCUCUGAACUCAGCUAUGACUCUUGCAGAAUCAAAGAGACUGAAGUGGGCUUUCGUGUUAUCAUUUUCCCUUUCUCCAACCCUGUAAUAUAAGGUAUCUUUUUUGUCUUUUAAACGUAGUAUCACCAAGAAGCAAGUUUCUAAGUAACAGCUGAAAAUGGCCUUGUUGCCUGUGUAGAGCAAGUUAUGUAGUACUGCCGCUCUGCAGUAGAGUGGGUGACUCUGGGGGACCAUUAAGAGCCUCCAAAGCCAACGUGAGCUGUAGAAAACUGCAGAAACGGCCAUUAUACUUCUAAGCUGUGCUGACGAAGUGGUUCCCAUUUCUGGAGCCAGAGAUGAUAAUGAAUGAAGUCAUCACAAGUUUCCUAAAGAGAGUUACUCAGGCAACUGGGAAAGGCAGUGGAAGGUCUGUGAAGCAAAGUUCUCAAGUAGGUACUGCUAUUGCUGGCAGGUGUGCAAGGCGCAGAGUAAAAUCAGUCUGUGGCAUAGGUAGGCCCUUGCUGCCUACAUUUUUGGGGGGAUUGAAUUUAUGACGCCUGUGACUUGAGUUGGAUUUGAAAAUGGCUUCCCUUGACCUCUUGAAAGAGUGCAGAUGAAGCUUUUUCUCUCAGUAGCUUUUUACCUUGUUGAUUUCUUCCUCCCCCAAAUAUGCACAUGCUCUUUUGCUCUCUGUGCCUGAUCUUCAAUAAGUUUUCCUUUUUUAACACAUGGAAAAAAUCUAGCAGCUAGGAAAGUUCAGUUUGGGGUGGGAGUUUUUAGUGAGCUUUUCUCCCAGGUGUGUGGCCUUUAUUUCUAUUUAUAUAUGUUUAUAAAUGGAAUUACCCCCUUUCUCUUGCAAAAUCACCUCUUCCUGGCUGUUGGCUCACUUUGCUAGAAUUUUUCUGAGUCCAAGUUAAGAUUUCCAGAAGUCAGCUUUGGAAAACGUGACACUCCUACCAAAGUCCAUGCAGUUUAGAAAGUUGUCACAUACCAUGGGUUUCAGUGUUUUUGGAAAGCUGGUUUUUUCUUUUUCUAUUUUUUUUCCCCUCCCUGUUUUAGAACCUUCUCCCAGUCCCUUCAGGCUUAGUUCUGUCUCCUCUUGCUUUAUUGGGUUUUAGAAGCCAGUCUUAUUUAACCUUUUCGGAUUUGUAUUUAUGUACUUAUUUAUUUUUUUGGUAUGAUGGCAGGGAGGGGACAAAGCAGAAAUGCCCCUUUUAUAUGACAGUGUGUGAGAAAAGAAACUUUAGCUUAAAACUCCUUAAAAUGUGCUCACUUCAGCAGCGCAUAUGCUAAAUUUGAAGUGCUAUAAAGAAGAUUAAAGAAAAAAAGAAAAAAGAUUUCCUUAAAACAAGAAAACCAAGAAUGUUUUUAGUUUGUUGUGGUGCCCAGCACAGGUCAAGGAGGGAUGGGCAUUGUUGGUGCAUUUAUGGUUUCAUUAGGAGUGUGGGGCAUUAGGGUGACACAAGGACCUGGAAUUUAAAAACCACAGAAUCAAACAUUGAACCACUGGUCUCUGGCUAAAUAGGUCAGUUUUCUGAUUUUCUUUGGAAGCAUUUUGAAUUUUUCUGUUGAAGUUGGAUUUCCUAAUACUCUUUUUCUUUUAGAUAAUCAGUACAAAUGCUUGACUACAUUAUAAUAUAAAAAUUUCUUCACUUUUUAUUCUUGGUUUUCUUGCCUUGUUUUUCAGUUUUAAUGCCAAAUGAUUGGGUUGUCGGGUGGGAAAUAAAAACAACUUUGUAUAAA